AUGUCUCUGCCACACAAAGACCCCGCGCCCACUGGCCCCAUGGCCUCCGCCUUCGCCGUCGUUCCUGGCUUUGAGUUCAGUGAGAACGGUGACAAUGUUGUCGAUCAUCACCUCAUUCUCGAGGACAAGUUGCAACCAUGGAAGCAGUCCUACGUGCCGGACAAGAAGAACAGCGCCGUCAUUGAAGUGAAGGGCGUGGGUACUCGUUUGUAUUGUGACCAGGCUGGCCGAGGUGGUUUCUAA